AUGGUUGUUUUGGCUGGAGCGAGUGGCGCGAUAGUUGGCACAGCUAGAGCUAGUGGUGUCAUGACAAGUAACGAUAAACGCGAUUGUGAUAAUAAGGGUGGUAAUAUUAGUGGUGGUUGUGGAGUUGUAGUUGGAGGUAGUGGUGGUGGUACAGAUAAUUCGGGCACGAAUUGUUGUGGCGAUGAUGAUGGUAAUGGUGAUUGUGGUGGAUUUCGAGGUAUAAUUGUGGCAUUUGUUAUGUCAUUUAUUUGUUGUAUUUGUUGUAGCAAGAUGUUGAAGAAUGUUGAGACUAUUCCUGGUGGUGGAAUAUUGCAUGCAAGCCAAACAAGUAGAGUUUCUGGUGGAGGAAGGCACAAUAAUAUUGAUGGUGUUGGUGUUGGUGUUCUUGCUAUGGCUAGUUUAACAAGCAUAACGUGUGAUACAAGUAAUACAUUCGGAGGUUUUCAAUGUGGCGGUGGUGGCGGUGGUUGGGUUGGCGGAGGAGGAGGUGGUGGUGGUGGUGGAUUUUGA